UCCCCUUCUGCCGGGAAAGCGAUGCUGGCACUCCGCGGCGGGAGGUCUCGGGCCCGGGCGGCUGGGUCGGCGGGGCAGCCGUGCUGGGCGGGCUGCGCGCGCGGGCGGUGCGGGCCGGGCAUCGCCAUGGCCCCGAGCGUCCCUCUUCUGCUCGGGCUCGUGUUCUGCCGGGACCCAGGGAUUUGGGCGCAGACUGACCUACCUGAAGUCUACCAAAACCCUCUUGAAGAAACAGCCCUUCCCGUCGUGUCUGGGAGUUCCGCCAUCGGGCUCCUCCCUCUCCUCUUCGUCCUCCUCUUUAUCCUCUGCCUGUGCUGCUGUGGAGGCCAACACGGUUCCGCUGAUAAUGAGACCAAGAGCCAACUGGAUUUUAACAGCUCCAACCCUGGCAUGGACUUCUCAGAAGAAAAUCCGCGUAAGAGGAGUGAGGAGAUGACGUCUCGGUGCACCUCCUGUUGGAGGAGGACAGACAGACGGACAUGCACGCCCACCCCGAGGAAUGCCCAUGGGGGUCUUCUGAGUCCUCCGCUGAGCCGCACCAGGACUCCUUCACGCAGAGUGAGCUUUCACUGCCGUCUUGCAGCCCUGAAGAGUCCUCAGUAUAGCCCCACGUGGACCCACCUUCCCCUCAUCUGGAGCGCGGAGCGGGAGCUGGCUGUGUGCACUCCAUGGCGCAAAUGCCCCUUAAGGAGCGUGGGGUUCCAUGGGGUGAGCUGCUCACACGCCCACAGCAGCCGUCAUCUUGUGUGUAAGUGGAUUCUUUUACCACUGCGCCACCUGGGAAGCCCCAGGCCUCAUUUUGGAGCUCCCCGCAGACUCAAGAAUACAGAAGCCUUGUCAGUCCUCAAGAAAUUCUGGGAUAUGAGAGAUGGAAUAUUUCCUGCCGUAUCAGUGAACAAAGGAUAUCACAGUCACAAGCAAUGACGGCCACCGCGGAUGGUGAGCUGGUGAGCCCCGAGGGCACUCAGGAAGGAAAGAGCACGGCCAUCUAGCAGUCGUCAGACUGUAGCCACCACUGAGGGUGAACCCGGAGGGACCUCAGGACAUGAAAACAACAGGAUCCUGGCCCCAGACAGCUGAGGCGUGCAUCAAAGCAAUGAUUUCAGCGAGCCCAGACUUUUCCAUCUUCCCAUACGUAGAAAAGCGCUAAAUUCCUUAACUUGGGAUAGCUGGUUUUCUUUAAUUGGCAGUAGCAUUUGAGGUUCAGAUUAUCCACCUUUUGUUGUGAAGCUUCUAUAUAACCUGGCUUCUCCCCUUUUUUCCUUCAAGCAGUUCUCUUGGGGUUACUUGAGAUGCUGCCUCCUGGGCUUGAGUCCUAAGAAUAUCUGACGAAUAAAACAUAACUCUCAACGUUUA